GGCUGUGCUUAGGUCGUCUCCUCUUUCCCCGGUCGAAGUUCGAUUGGGUGAUCAAAUCAAGAUCGGUCGAGCUAUAUUUUUGGACGAAAUAACCGGAAAAUUAUUACAAUGAAAAUAUAGACUGUACCCUCUAUCCUUUCUGAAGAAUCAGCUCUCUAAAUGGUGGACACUGAUAAUGCCGUUGUUUCGGAGAAAAUCAGAGAAGAAACCAGAACAUGUUCCUCCUAAAAACCGCAAUCAAAAUGAUGGAAGGAGGUCAUCAAGUUCAAAGACAAACCAGACUUCAAAGAUAUCCACCCAGCUACCCAAUGGGGGUUCUGGUGGAAAUGUUGGUGCUAGGAGGAGGGGUAGCAAUCAACCCAACGAACCAUCAGGUAUUCCUAGGGGCGGCUUGCAGAGGAUACCAAGUGAUGAAGAAACAAAGUAUGGUGAUUUAGGAUCAGCAACAACUACACGUAAAAGUGAAGUCCUUGCAAAGUCUCGCUUAUCUAGAACACUAAAUGAGGUAUUGAAUGACAAUGGUGCUCUACCCUACUUUAUUCAAUACAUGAAUUCUCAGAAUCUUGGACAUCUGGUUAAGUUCUGGCUAGCUGUCGAGAGUUUUAGCAGAGCGUCCCAGUCAAGGAUACGAACUGAAUCAAUUAAAAUGUUGAAAUCUUCCUUAGCGAACACUUCUAUAGAAUCAUCGUCUCCCACCAAUUGUGCAAAUAUAGUUAAUUCAUCACCAAAUGUACUUGCGAAUCCUGCCAAAAUCAUACCAAAAGAAACAGUUAAUAACAACUCACAGACUGUUACAAGCACGCCAUCUGUAACAGUUGAAAGUAAAGCUGUUGCUGGUGUUUUGCAUCAUGAGAAGACACAUGCACGUUCUAAGUCGGAUUCAAUUGUAGGAUUGGCAAAACUUGCUGAAAAGACGCCCCUUACAGGAGAGGUACGUGCACACGAUACAAACAGUCUACAUGAAAGUUCAACUGAAUUCAAAGAUCCACGGACACCUAUAGAACGUGAUGCAAUGAAUAUUUAUACAACAUACUUAUGCAAAGAUGCCCCUAAUCCAGUAGGAAUUAGUGAAGAAAUGCGAUUGGAAGUUAUAGGUGAGUUGAUAAACAAGGCUUCUAGGCAUUUUCCAGCAUUCUUGAGCAGUGAAUUCCAUGCAAAAUACCAGGUGGAUAUCUUAACAAGUGGCAAGGUCUACUUGGCUGAUAUUCUCUACAAUGACACUGCAAUGUUCCAUUUUAUGGAGUACAUGGAGCAGGAGAAGUGUUUAAAUCUGCUACAGUUCUACCUUGCAGCUGAUAAUUUUCAACAGCAAUUACUGACAGAACAGGGUCAGUAUGAUGGAAUGGAGGCACAGAGUGAUGCCAUGGUGCUCUAUGAUAAGUACUUUUCUCUACAAGCAACUGAUCCCCUAGGCUUCAGUGACGUGGUGCGAUUGGAGGUUGAGAGCAAUAUAUGCAGGGAGGAGGGACCUCUACCAGACUGCUUUGCUACUGCUAAACAACAAGCGCUAAUGACAAUAGAGUCUGUUCAUUUUCCUGGGUUUCUUACAAGUGAUUUAUACUAUAUGUUCCUAUCUGAAUUAGUCAAUCAGAUUAAAAGUGAAAUAAAAGUUCCUAUGGCAGAUAGCUCGCAAUCCCCACUGACAAGUGGAACUGGCCAUUCCAGUGCUGACCAAGCAGCCAAUAAGAACACAUUAUUAGCAGAGGGCAAAGUGAAGUCGUUAUUCGAAAUGAAUGAUUUCACGAUAGACUCUGGUGAUCUGAAUCCGAGUUCAUUAUGGUCGAGGCCUAACCAAGUUCAUUUUCCUGGGUUUCUUACAAGUGAUUUAUACUAUAUGUUCCUAUCUGAAUUAGUCAAUCAGAUUAAAAGUGAAAUAAAAGUUCCUAUGGCAGAUAGCUCGCAAUCCCCACUGACAAGUGGAACUGGCCAUUCCAGUGCUGACCAAGCAGCCAAUAAGAACACAUUAUUAGCAGAGGGCAAAGUGAAGUCGUUAUUCGAAAUGAAUGAUUUCACGAUAGACUCUGGUGAUCUGAAUCCGAGUUCAUUAUGGUCGAGGCCUAACCAAGCGCCUAUGAGCUUUGGUACUGUGAAUGCUCUUGGACAAUUUGUGGCAGAAUACGAACCAGAUCCAGAGGUUGCACAACACAAAGCAAAAGGAAAAUUCUCUCUACGGAAAUUUGUCACCAAAGAAGAAGAUAAGACAAAAGAGGAUAUGGCAUGGAAGGUUGCUCAGAUGAUCAUUAAAGAUGUCAAUAUGCAGACACAGAAUACUGCCGUUGGAUUCCCAUCAUCUCCAGGAUCUUGACCAAUAUAAUGGUUUGUGUUCAAAUUUAAGCUUAAUGUAGUCAUUCCUUAUGUAGAGAAGUUGUCAAAGCACGUUUUAAAGAAACAGAAUAAUAUACCUAAUAGUAAUAUCAAGAUUUUACCUACAUAAAUGGCUUUGUAGAACCAAAUUUUUAAUUAAUGAUGAUUGAUUAUUACUUUCAAAGAUCUUAAUUAAAAAAUUAUUUUAAGUGAUUGAAAGAUUUUAUUUUGUGGUUUGUGAAGAGAUAUCAAAGAGUAUAAAUAAAACAAGAUAGCGUAUUCUCAUUCGUACAUACGUCACUUCCCUAGUUACUAUGGAAGUCACAAUCGUCGUUAUGGAAUGCACCCUCUAUGAGUUCACAGGAAGUGCCCCACUUCGAUGGUAUGAUGAUAAGGAAAAAUAAAGAAAUCCACCACCCUCAAUGAAAGCAUUGUAUCGUGUGGAAGACAAGAGACGAUUUGUGGUGCAUUGCUUUGUAAUUUAUCUGCAGCGGGCAUUCUACUAUGGCAGCAUAUGGCGUAUCGUUUGUUUACGCUGUCAAUGGAGCGUUGUUGGCUCCCUUGUUCUAUAUACACUCUUAGGUUAGUUUUGCAGGUCAGUCAAGAUGGACUUUAUAGGUCUCAUAAUAUUAUGACCAAAUAAAUUGGAAACCUUAAAAGCUACAUAGGACUUAAAAUGAGGGAUUUAAUCAUGUAUUUAAGGGGUACAGUAUACCCAGUGCCCCAUAAUUGUUUUCUCUCUCUUUUCUCAUUGUAUAAAUCACUGCAUUGUCAAUGUCUCAGGUUUUUUAUACUGUGUAUUUUAUUUAGUCUUGAUGCGUUUUUCUUUACAAAAUGAUCAUUUUCAAUCAUCUUAAUCAAUUGAGUUUAAAGUAUUAAUAUAUUUUCCUACACUACCAAAACUAAACA